CAGCCUCUCCCGCACUCGCGGCUCUUUAGUUAUAUUUUAACUUUAGGGUGAUACAUUGAGGAACUCACCUGUCCUGGUCCCCUCUCAAGAACCUCUACAGCCUUCUAAAUCGCCAUGUCUGACCGGGGCUCAUUCGACACUAAUGUCGUUACCCUCACGAGAUUCGUGCUGGAGGAGGGAAGGAAGGCGAAGGGAACGGGAGAACUGACAACCCUCCUCAACUCCAUCUGCACAGCUGUCAAAGCCAUCUCCACCGCCGUCAGGAAAGCUGGGAUUGCCAACCUCUAUGGCAUUGCUGGGAGCACCAACGUGACAGGUGACCAGGUAAAGAAGCUAGAUGUUCUGUCCAACGACCUGGUCAUCAACAUGAUUAAGUCCUCCUUCACCUCCUGUGUCCUGGUGUCAGAGGAGGACGAGAGGGCCCUCAUCGUGGAACCAGAGAAACAGGGAAAAUAUAUUGUGUGCUUCGACCCACUUGAUGGCUCAUCAAACAUUGACUGUCUUGUAUCAAUUGGAACAAUUUUUGCCAUCUACAGAAAGACGACAGACGAUGAGCCCAAUGAGAAGGACGCACUGCAGUCUGGACGUCACAUUGUUGCCGCCGGUUACGCCCUCUACGGCAGUGCCACCAUGAUGGUACUCUCUACAGGACAAGGGGUCAACUGCUUCAUGCUGGACCCUUCCAUCGGGGAGUUCAUCCUAACAGACAAGGACGUGAAGAUCAAGAAGAGAGGAAAGAUCUACAGUCUAAACGAAGGCUAUGCUCAGCACUUCUACCCAGACGUCACAGAGUACCUGAAGAAAAAGAAAUACCCAGAGGAUGGCAGUGCCCCCUAUGGUGGGCGUUAUGUUGGCUCCAUGGUGGCUGAUGUGCACAGGACUCUGGUGUACGGAGGCAUCUUCUUAUACCCUGCCAAUGUCAAGAGCCCCAAGGGCAAGCUGAGGCUGCUGUACGAGUGCAACCCCAUGUCAUUUAUCAUCGAGCAGGCUGGAGGCAUGGCCACCACGGGGGAGAUUAACGUUCUGGACAUCCAGCCAGAGAACAUCCACCAGCGGGUUCCUGUGGUCCUGGGCUCCCCUGAAGAUGUCCAGGAAUACAUCGCCAUCUACAAGAAGACACGCAUGUGAGACAGCGCUGGAACCUUCUCUGGAUCCAUCAUGACCUGCUUGUCCACGAGGGUCGACCUUUGACCCUGACCAUAAGCUAGUAAUCUUUGCAUCAUAUGGAUGGAGCUGUGGAUAUACUGUAGAAGUCAAACGUUUGGACACCUACUCAUUCAAGUGUUUAUCUAGAUGUUUUUCUUCUAUUUUCUACAUUGUAGAAUAAUAG